AUGUUGCCGUCACUGCUGACCGUUAAGUCCCAAACGGUCAGCAGUUAAACCCAUCUCUUUUUUUUUUUUCCACAUAUGCUGCCUCACUCAGCCAGCAGAGCAGCCAUGCUGGUCAAGAUCAACACCCUGCUCCAGGGAUACUCUGGCAUUCGAUUUGAAAUUUUAGAGGCAAUCACAAAGUUCCUCAACCAGAACAUCACUCCAUGCUUGCCACUCUGCAGCACAAUCACCGCCUCCGGCGAUCUCGUUCCCCUGUCCUACAUAGCUGGAUUGCUUACGGGCCGUCCAAAUUCUAAGUCGGUAGGACCCAACGGAGAAACCCUCAAUGCCAAGGAAGCCUUCCGGCUAGCUGGAAUCGAAUCGGGGUUCUUCGAAUUGCGGCCAAAGGAAGGGUUUGCUUUGGUCAACGGCACUGCAGUUGGGUCCGGUUUGGCCUCAAUUGUUCUCUACGAGGCAAACAUACUCGCUGUCUUAUCGAAGAUUCUAUCGGCAAUUUUCGCUGAAGUGAUGAAUGGGAAGCCCGAAUUCACAGACCACUUGACCCAUAAAUUGAAGCACCAUCCCGGCCAAAUUGAACCAGCUGCGAUAAUGGAGCACAUUCUCGAUGGCAGCUCUUAUAUCAAAGUCGCCCAGAAAUUGCACGAAAUGGAUCCCCUGCAUAAUUGUAAGGGCAGACCGCAGAACCCAAUUGCUUUAAUUGAAGAGUGGGAGAGAAGAAGCAGAAUGGCAAAGGGCAUAGCUGAGGUGGGUAUUGAAGAAUUGGCUAAGGCCGGUGCUUUAAGCGCAGAGGAGGCCACAGAAAUCCAUAAAGUCAUCCGACAAGCCAUAGCAGCAGCAGAAGCCAAGGGGUCUGACCCAAGAGAGGUAUGGCGGGAAGUGGUGUCCAGAAAAGUGUUAAAGCCAUGGCACCCACAUUCGCUGCAUCAGUUGGUCUACUACUCUGUGUAUUCCAAUUGGGAUUCCUCCACCAAUGGCCCUCCCCUUUAUUGGUUCCCCUCCUUAUAUCAAUCUAAACUUACAAACUUAGGACGUGUAAUGGAAACUUAUGGUCCAAGUCGAGUUGUAGAAGCUGCACCACAUAAAGCAAUAGUACUCCCUGUAAGUGGGAAUGAUAUAGACAUCAAAUUAAGAGAACAGGAUAUAUCAUGGAGAGAUUUCCUUUCCAGUAUCAAUCAACAUCCAAGACCACCUUAUUACUCUCCAGUUUAUCAGCCAAUAGACUCCACAAUUAAUAUACUCUUUUCAUCUGGAACCACAGGAGAUCCAAAAGCUAUUCCAUGGACACAACUUUCCCCAAUUCGCAGUGCUUCUGAUGGAUGGGCUCACAUUGACAUUGGAGUUGGAGAUGUUUACUGCUGGCCCACAAAUCUAGGCUGGGUGAUGGGGCCUAUCUUACUUUUCUCAGCCUUUUUAAGUGGUGCAACACUUGCUUUGUAUCAUGGUUCUCCUCUAGGCCGCAGUUUUGGAAAAUUUGUCCAGGAUGCUGGUGUGACUAUUUUGGGUACAGUUCCAAGCUUAGUAAAAACUUGGAAGAGUACAAACUGUAUGGAAGGCUUGGACUGGUCAAAGAUAAAAUCAUUUGCAAGCACCGGAGAAGCCUCCAAUGUUGAUGAUGACCUUUGGCUUUCUUCAAAAUCAUACUACAAGCCCAUUAUUGAAUGUUGUGGAGGCACAGAACUUGCAUCAUGCUACAUCCAAGGGAGUCCAUUGCAGCCACAAGCUUUUGGAGCAUUUAGCACUCCAUCAUUGACAGCAGGAUUGGUCAUCCUUGAUGAAAAUGGAGUUCCUUAUCCGGAUGAUGUAGCUUGUGUUGGUGAAGUGGGUUUAUUCCCUCUGUACCUGGGAGCAACUGAAAGAUUGCUUAAUGCUGAUCAUGAGGAAGUUUACUUCAAGGGAAUGCCAAUGUAUAAAGGAAUGCGCCUCAGGAGGCAUGGGGAUGUCCUUAAGAGAACUGUUGGGGGCUAUCUUGUAGUCCAGGGCAGGGCUGAUGAUACUAUGAAUCUUGGUGGCAUUAAGACAAGUUCUGUUGAAAUUGAGCGUGUGUGUGACCGGGCUGAUGAAAGCAUCCUGGAGACUGCUGCUGUCAGUGUAGCACCACCAGGUGGUGGCCCAGAAUUGUUGGUAAUAUUUGUGGUGCUAAAGAAAGGAUUUGAUCAUCAACCAGAUAAGUUGAAGAUGAUAUUCUCAAAAGCCAUUCAAAGGAACCUCAACCCAUUGUUUAAGGUGAGCUCUGUUAAGUUAGUCCCGGACUUUCCCCGAACUGCUUCUAACAAGUUAUUAAGAAGAGUUUUGAGGGAUCAAGUGAAGCAAGAACUCUCAGUUCGAAGUAGAAUGUAAUGCCAACAUCAUCUUUCCUUCAAGCUGAGCGUCUCUGUUUGAUUACGUUUCUUGUUAUAAUUCCCUUUCUCUAUAAUCACUGUAUUAAUUGAAUGAUAGCGGAUUCAAUUGAUAUAACUGUUUGAUUUUAUAAUGGUUAGUGAUUGUUAUUUAAUAUUAAAUGAUUAAUAAGAAC